AUUGCCAUUAACUUUGUAGUCUUUAGUAGCGCAAACUAAAGUACUGUAGAGAGAGAGAGAGAGCGAGAGAAGGGGAAGAUGAAAGGAAGAGGGAGAAAGCAAAUAUUGGUGGGACUUGGUCUUGUUAUGGUUAUGGGUUUAGCUGUUUACUUAAGGCUUUGGACUAUUGACUACCGUUUCUCUUCUAAUGAAACUGAAUUACUCAGGAGACAGUUUGAUCUUGCCAGUAGAGAAGCAAUGGACGAAUCUGCAGUGUGGAGGAAAAGAUAUGAUGACGAGGAAGUGAAAUCUACUAGCUGCCAAAAGGAACUGGUUAAGAUUAAGCUGUUGUUGAAGGAAGACGGUGCCGCCAGCAGUAAGAAGAAGUUGGACAUGUUGCAAAAGGAAAACAUUGACUUGCUUGAACGGCUCGAAUCUUUGAAACAAGAACUUGAAUCUGAGAAGUUGAAAUGUAGCAUGAGACAGAUAUGACUUCGCUGGAAGCCUGGUUGUCGUCUGAAGAACAUCCGGAGGUUGAUACUUUGAUUUGUUACCAUUGGCUUGCCAAAUUAAUCUAAUUGGAACUUGGCAAGGAGGAGGAUAGUACAUAAUAUCUCCAAACAAGAUUACAGUCCUGAACCAGAUUCAUUCGAUUGGUUCUGAAUUUGCUAGAUUAUGCUUUCCGAGGGGCACGCCACAUGUAUUUUGAUGUGAAUUAGAUACAUUGGUUAUAUGAUGGUUUGCAGCUUCCAUCCAAGUUUUGGCCUCCCCAGAUUAAGUUAUGGUCCAUUUGAAGGGACUGAAUACUCUCUUUUGUUGAUGAUGAUUGUUAGUUCUUUUGAAUUCCACACAGGCAUUUUGUUAAAUCUUGGGUUGUAUAGAUUUGACCAAAAGAAAUUCAGCGUCGGAGAUAAAAAGAAUUCAGUGUGUUAAAUGCUUCCAGGAAGUGAAAUUACUUUGUCCAUUUGAGUAGUCA